GGGACGCGCUGAGCUGUGCCCUGGCCGGGGGCUCGGGAAAAGCUCGCCGGGGCCGGGGCUUGCGAGCCCGGGAUUCUCCGCUCGCCCCGGGGCUGGGCCGGUGCAGCGGGGCGCUGGGGCGGCCCCUUCCCGGGGCACUGGACGGUGCGGCCGGCGGCUCUGCUCCGGGGCGCUGGGGGAGCCCUCGGCUCGGGCCCCCCCGCUGGGCCGAGCGACUCGCCCCUCUCCCGCCAGCACAGCCCGGGGGGGUCGGUUAUCCGCAGAUUUAACCCGAACCCCCCCCGGGGGGAGGCGCGGCGGCUCCGCGGCUCGGACCCACUGCGGGAUGGAGGGAGCCUUCCCCGCGUCCUGACAUGCCCGCCGCCAUGCGGGGGCUGCUGGCCCCCCAGAACACCUUCCUGGACACCAUCGCCACCCGCUUCGAUGGGACACACAGUAACUUUGUGCUGGGCAAUGCCCAGGUGUGCAGUGCCUUCCCGGUGGUGUACUGCUCCGACGGCUUCUGCGACCUGACGGGCUUCUCGCGGGCCGAGGUCAUGCAGCAUUGCUGUGCCUGCAGCUUCCUCUACGGGCCCGACACCAGCGAGCUCGUCCGCCAGCAGAUCCGCAAGGCCCUGGACGAGCGCCAGGAGUUCAAGGCCGAGCUGAUCCUGUACAGGAAGAGCGGUACCCCCUUCUGGUGCCUCCUGGACGUGGUGCCCAUUAAGAAUGAGAAGGGCGAGGUGGCGCUCUUCCUGGUCUCCCACAAGGACAUCACCGACAGCAAGAGCCGGCCGGGUGCCGAGAGCUGGAAGGAAGGUGGGAAGCGCCGGUUCAGCCGGGCCGGUGCCAAGGGGUUCAACGCCAACCGGCGCCGGAGCCGGGCCGUGCUCUAUCAUCUCUCUGGACACCUGCAGAAACAGGGCAGGAGCAAACACAAGCUCAACAAGGGAGUGUUCGGGGACAAGCCCUCGCUCCCCGAGUACAAGGUGGCCGCGAUCCGCAAGUCGCCCUUCAUCCUGCUGCAUUACGGCGCCUUCAAGGCCGGCUGGGACGGGCUCAUCCUGCUGGCCACGCUCUACGUGGCCGUGACGGUGCCCUACAGCGUCUGUGUCGGGGCCGGCUCCGACGAGGGGCUCACGGCCGGCCGCGGCCCCCCCAGCGUCUGCGACCUGUGCGUGGAGAUCCUCUUCAUCCUGGACAUCGUGCUCAAUUUCCGCACCACCUUCGUCAGCAAGUCGGGGCAGGUGGUGUUCGACCCGCGCGCCAUCUUCCUGCACUACCUCACCAGCUGGUUCCUGCUCGACCUGGUGGCCGCCCUGCCCUUCGACCUGCUCUAUGCCUUCAAGGUCAACGUGGUGAGUCAGCCCCGGGGCGGGGGGAGCUCCCAAGGGGAAGCCUGGAACCCCCAAGCGCCAGCAAAGUCUGGAGCAGGCAAAGCCAGGAAUUUAGCUCCCCUGGGACUGAGUCAGCCCCACUCCAGCCCUCCCCCUUGGUCCCCACCAGCUCCGGCCCCAUGUCGGCCUCAGCCCUUCCCUGCUGGGUGGCUGUGGGAGCCCCCUGCCGUGCCCUGCCCCGCCACCAGGGCAGCGAACUCCCCGCGCUCUCUCCCCGCAGUAUUUCGGGGCUCACCUGCUGAAGACGGUGCGGCUGCUACGGCUGCUGCGGCUGCUGCCCAACCUGGACCGGUACUCGCAGCACAGCGCCGUGGUGCUCACGCUGCUCAUGAUCGUCUUCGCCCUGCUGGCCCACUGGGUCGCCUGCGUCUGGUUCUUCAUCGGCCAGCUGGAGAUCGAGAGCAGCCGCGCGGAGCUGCCGGAGAUCGCAGCCUGACCAGCGUCGGCUUCGGCAACGUCUCGGCCAACACCGACACCGAGAAAAUCUUCUCCAUCUGCACCAUGCUCAUCGGGGCGCUGAUGCACGCCGUGGUGUUCGGGAACGUGACGGCCAUCAUCCAGCGCAUGUACGCCCGGCGCUUCCUGUACCACAGCCGCACCCGCGACCUGCGGGACUUCAUCCGCAUCCACCGCAUCCCCAAGGUGCUCAAGCAGCGCAUGCUGGAGUAUUUCCAGACCAGCUGGGCCCUGCACAACGGCAUCGACACCCACGAGCUGCUGCGGAGCCUGCCGGACGAGCUGCGGGCCGACAUCGCCAUGCACCUGAACAAGGAGCUGCUGCAGCUGCCGGUGUUCGAGGCGGCGAGCCGGGGCUGCCUGCGCGCCCUCUCGCUCAGCAUCAGGCCGGCGUUCUGCACCCCGGGCGAGUUCCUCAUCCGCCAGGGCGACGCACUGCAGGCCCUCUACUUCGUGGGCUCGGGCUCCAUGGAGGUGCUGAGGGACGACACCGUCCUGGCCAUCCUAGGGAAGGGGGACCUGCUGGGCUGCGACCUCUCGGGCCAGGAGCGCGUGAUCAAGGCCAACGCGGACGUCAAGGGCCUGACCUACUGCGACCUGCAGGGCCUGAGCCUGCGGGGGCUGGGCGAGAGCCUGGCGCUGUACCCCGAGUUCGCCGACAAGUUCCGCCAGGAGAUCCGCACCGAGCUCAGCUACAACCUGGGCAGCGCCGGGCCCCAGGCCGACACCAGCUCGCUGAACAGCGCCAACCCCCUGCUGGAGGACAAGGCGGCCGAGGAUGCCCCGGUGCCCCCACCCCGCUCGUCAGCCGGCCCAGCCCAGGAGCCCUUGGAGGCACUGUCCAGCCCCCAGCUGCCCCCCAGCUGCCCCCCCUCGGCCGUGGGAGCCAAGCUGCUGUCGCCCAGGAGGGGCGUCCUGCCCCGGACGCGGCGCCUGCCCCCUGCUGCUGGCCCCCAGACCCUGCAGCUCCACAGCCUGCCCUGGAUGGGGCCCCCUGACCUCAGCCCCAGGGUGGUAGACGGCAUCGAGGAAGACGCCUGCGGCUCAGAUAAGUCCAUGUUCAGCUUCCAGGUCGGCCCCUCGGGCCCCGACUGCAGCAGCCCCUCCCCUGGGCCAGGAGGGCUUGGUGCUAGCCUGCCGUCUCCCCUUGCCCCAGACAGCGGGCUGCUCGCCAUCCCCCUGGGCCCAGCAGAGCUGACGGGCGCAGACGCCAUCGAGAAGCUGCGGCAGGCGGUGGCCGAGCUGUCGGGGCAGGUCCUGCAGAUGCGCGAGGGGCUGCAGUCGCUGCGCCAGGCCCUGCAGCUCUUCCUGCUGUCCCAGCCGCCAGCUCCGCUCGCCCGCCCCGAGGGCACCGCCUCCUACACGGCCUCGGCUUUCCCCGGCGCCACCCUGCUGCAGCCGCUGCGCGUGGAGACGGGCAUCCCGGCCUUCUUCCUGCACAGCUCCGCGCCCGGCCCCUGCCUCAACGCAGCCUGCCCCCGCGCCCAGCCUGCGCCCCCGUGGGCCUGGGGCCCGCCCGCCUCCCACAGCUCGCCCUGGCCCGGCGCCCCCCGGACCGCGGCAGGGGGCACAGACGUGGAGCUCGGGGCUAGCUCCGGCCCCAGGGACCCCACUGCUCCCACGGCAGCACCGGCCUCCCCUGCCCCCCACGGACCGCCAACCGCUGAGACGGACCCCCAGGGGCCUCCAGCUCCGGCCGCUUUCCCUCGGCCCUGGGACCCGCCCGGCCUGGAGAUGGUGCUGCUGGGCGCCCCCGGCACCCCCUGCUGGCCCCGGGAGGACGGCACAGGCAUGUAAAGGCUGCACCCCCCCUACACACAGCAGGAUUUUUCUGCCCCCCCACCGCCCCCGGAGAGCCAGGGGGCCUGGCCUGGCCCCACAGCCCCCGUGGGGAGCCCCCACAGGCCACGGGGCUCGGGCCUCGCUCCCAACACACCGCUGCCUCUGGGGGCUGCCCCCAUGAGCACUGCGGGGGGAUAGGCCACAAGGGGUUCAGUGCAGGAGCCGCUCUCCAGAGCUUGUGGCAGGAGCCUGGUUCCACCCCCAAGGGCACAGCUGGCCCCAGCCGGCGGAGAGGGGGCAGGGUCCCGUCUGGCCUGUGGAACUGGGGGGAGGGAGCAGGGGGGCCCCUUGCCUCCAGGCAGUUGGGGGCAGCAGGGCUUCCAGUCCAUAGGGCUUCCCCUCCCCCUCCCUUUUUAGAUUAAAACAGCUGCGUUUUGAUCUCUG